AUGAGUGGAGCGGCGGUCGCACUCCACCGGCGCCAUGGCCGACCUGAGGCAGCGCGUUCACACACAGACUUCCGCCUCGCGGAGCUCGCAGCGAGUGCCGAGUACAUGGGUGUGCCGUACGAGCUGCUGCCGACGCCGUCGCGCGAGGACCCGGCCGGGCGAGUCGGCGAUGUGUCGCGCCCCUUCCUGCUGUGCCGCCUGCCGAGCGACGAGGCGGCGCGGCAGCUGCUGCGGCGGUGCUCGGCGCUGCGUGGCGUAUGGGAGCUGUGGGCGUGCGCGGACACGUAUGAGGAGCUGCAUGCGCGCAACAAGGCGGCGCGGCGGUUCGAGCCGUGGCUCGCGCCGACCUACUCGUGGAAGGCCCUCAUGCAAGGCUUUAAUGUGGCGCUCUCUGAGACGCGGCGCCUCGCGCUGAUCAACUCGUUCUCGUACAUGGCGUUCCAAGGGCCGAUCCGCAUGCGCCAGUCGGACGUGACGUGGGGCGUGCUUGAGGAGUACCGCCGCGCCACGGACCUCUCGCAGGUCGAGGCGCGCGGGCACGCCGAGAUGGGCGACCGCGACCCGCGGCUCGUGCAGCUGUUCCUCGGGCGCAAGAUCAAGGACCGCUCGGGGGCGCCGCCCGCGCGCGACCUGAUCGAUGCGCUCAGCCUCAAGAAGCGCAGCUACAUCGGCAACACGAGCAUGGAGAGCGAGAUGAGCGUCGUCAUGGCGAACAUGGCCCUCGCAGGCCCGGGGAAGUGGAUCUACGACCCGUUCGCAGGCACCGGCUCGAUGCUGUAUGCGUGCUCCAUGCUCGGCGCGUACACGUUUGGCAGCGACAUUGACGGGCGCAUGCUGCGCGGCAAGGACACGUCGGGCGUGCCGGGCGUGCGCCGCGCGGCGGCGCAGUACGGCCUGGAGGGCCGGCUUAUCGAUACGGCCGUGUUUGACAUGACACAGUCGCCAUGGCGCGCGCCGUUCCGGCAGGGCGCGGGCCUCUUUGAUGCGAUUGUGACGGACCGUACGUGCUAG